AAGAAUUUCUGUCGACAUGUCUGGAAGAGGAAAAGGCGGUAAAGGACUCGGGAAAGGAGGCGCUAAGCGUCACCGAAAGGUUCUUCGCGAUAAUAUCCAGGGAAUCACUAAACCCGCUAUUCGUCGUCUUGCUCGACGUGGCGGCGUCAAGCGUAUUUCUGGGCUGAUCUAUGAAGAGACGCGUGGUGUGUUGAAGGUGUUUCUGGAGAACGUCAUCCGUGAUGCUGUGACUUACACUGAACACGCCAAGAGAAAGACCGUCACCGCCAUGGAUGUUGUGUACGCGCUGAAGCGACAGGACGCACCCUCUCCAGAAACAAUGCAUGUUCGGGCGGGAACCACAAACUCUUCAAUGGCGAGAACUAAGCAGACCGCUCGUAAGUCCACCGGAGGAAAAGCCCCGAGGAAGCAGCUGGCCACGAAAGCCGCCCGUAAGAGCGCUCCCGCUACCGGUGGCGUUAAGAAGCCUCACCGUUACAGGCCCGGUACCGUGGCGCUGAGAGAGAUUCGCCGUUACCAGAAAUCCACUGAACUGCUGAUUCGCAAACUGCCCUUCCAGCGUCUGGUGAGAGAAAUCGCUCAAGAUUUCAAGACGGAUCUGCGCUUCCAGAGCUCGGCUGUCAUGGCCCUGCAGGAGGCGAGCGAGGCUUAUCUGGUGGGUCUGUUUGAGGACACCAACCUGUGCGCCAUCCACGCCAAGAGAGUCACCAUCAUGCCCAAAGACAUCCAGCUGGCCCGCCGCAUCCGCGGAGAGCGCGCUUAAAUCAACAGCAG